AUGACUUCAAGAGAUACGCAAGAAAUUCUUGCCAAUUUUAUUGCUGUUACACAAUGUUCAAGUGAAGAAGCAACACGUUAUUUAGAAGCUGCAGAAUGGAAUUCAGAAACGGCAAUGGAAAUCUUUUAUGACGAUGGCAGUGCACAUAUCGGUGCACCUAUUUCUUCGACUAAUACUCAAUCUACGAGAGUGAAUGUUAAUCAAGCAUCCGGUGAAACAGGUGAUUAUGAAUCAGAUGAUGAAAGUCCAAUGCAAACAGCUAUUGAUGAAAGUCUUCGAAUAAGUGGAGCUGCCACAAAAUCUACAGCAGCAGGAUCUAAAGUAGAUAAAAAUCCAUCAGCAUCGUCGAAAUUUGGUACUAUUGGCGGUUUACAAAAAGAAGAAAAUAGUUCCGAUGAAGAAGGUCAAGCUUUCUAUGCUGGUGGUUCAGAACGAAGUGGUCAACAAAUAAUUGGACCACCAAAAGCCAAAGACGUUGAUAAAGAAGUAGCUAAAUUAUUUGUCGCAGCUCGUAAGCAAGGUGCUGUAGAAGCUGAUGACGAUGGUGAUGAUGAUAAUGGUUCAUCAUCGCAAAUGAAAAAAAAACCAUUUGCUGGCGUCGGAUACACUUUAGGUGAUGAUAAAACACCUUCACGCCCAUUGGGCCAUGAAUUACCAGAAGCCGACGUGGCUCCCACGAGUCGAGCAGAACAAGUACCGCUUCGAUUUUUUUCAAACGGCUUUACUGUAGGCGAUGGUGAAUUACGUAAAUUUGAAGAAAAUCACGAGUUUAUGAGCUUUAUCAAACGUGGUGAAGUACCACCUGAAUUAAGAAAUUUAACUACAGGUGGCCGACAAGUUGAAGUACGUCUUGAAGAUCAUCGACAUGAAGAAUAUAAACCAAUUGCACCUCAAUUUAAACCAUUUGGAGGUGCUGGCCAUAUGCUUGGCUCACCAACGCCGACUGUUGCUCAAACAACAGCUACACGAGGCAAUCCACUUCAACCAUCAUCUGCAGCAACAGUUGAUUUAAGCAAUUUGGAAAAAUUGGCUGAACAACAAUUAAAAUCCUCGUCAUCGUCAACUGUUAUCCGUCUACGUUUACCCGAUAUAUCUGUACCAAUUCGUAUUGUAAUCGAUCUUAAUCGAACAUUGGCUGAUAUACGUAAAUUUCUGAAUCAAAAUGUACCUUCGCUUCAAUCAAAUCAAUAUCAAUUUCUUGAGCCACCAGCGACCAAAAUCAAACAUGAAGAUGAAACGAAAACUAUCAGUGAAGCAAAACUAUCGAAUGCUACACUUGCUAUUCGUCGUGGUUCUUAA